UGAAGCUGGGUGCAUAUCUUAGCGCCGGUAUGGACAGCAACCUUGAAGGUGAUGAAGUGGAGUUUCGUAAACAUGCCAAGUAUUUUACACGCUUUCUGCACACACUGCCCGGUCGGUUAGCAUCGCACGAUUCUACCAGAGUUACCAUAGCCUUCUUCGCUGUCAGUGGACUGGAUGUGCUAAACUCGCUCGAUAUGCUAACCGACACCUUCCAGCAGGACAUUAUCAACUGGAUCUACAAGCUGCAGGUUGUACCGAAGCCGGGAGAGCGUGGGUACGGUGGCAUCCAGGGUUCCAGCACAUUCGAUGUCCUCGAUACGCCGGAAAACUGUGGCCUGCAGCUUUACCGAUGGGGCCAUCUAGCGAUCACGUACACGGGAAUUGCUGUGCUGGUAGCACUCGGCGACGAUCUGUCCCGUUUGAACCGGAAAGCAAUCAUUGAUGGUGUGGCCGCUGUACAGCGCGAUGACGGUAGCUUCAGUGCCACGAUCGAGGGAAGCGAACACGAUAUGCGGUUCGUGUACUGUGCGGCGGCCAUUUGCGCCAUGCUGAACGAUUGGGGCCGAGUGGAUCGUAAAAAAAUGGCCGACUAUAUCCUCAAGAGUAUCCGGUACGAUUACGGUAUCAGCCAACAUUACGAGAUGGAAUCGCACGGUGGCACCACGUUUUGUGCGAUUGCCGCCCUGGAGCUUAGCGGGCAGCUGCAUCUACUCACACCGGUCGUGCGGGAAAAGAUUGUCCGGUGGCUCGUUUUUCGCCAGCAGGAUGGGUUCCAGGGACGUCCGAACAAACCGGUCGAUACGUGCUACUCGUUCUGGAUCGCAGCCACACUCAAGAUACUGAACGCGUUCGAGCUGACCAGCUUCAAGGACAAUCGUGACUAUGUGCUGUCGACGCAGGAUGCCACGGUGGGUGGCUUUUCCAAGUGGCCCCAAGCGUACACCGAUCCGUUCCAUUCGUACUUUGGGCUGUGCGGGCUUAGCUUUUUGAACGAGCCGGGUCUGCAAGAAGUGAUGCCAAGCUUAAACAUAUCGAUGCGUGCCUACCGACGGUUGCAGGGCCUGCAGCGUGAUUGGAAUCUGCUGGAGGAGGGGCUAGCGUCCGGGAAUGGUGAGGUAACGGUACACAUAGAGUAGAGGGAGACAGGCGAG